CUCUUCUCACCCGAGCCGCUGCGCGCGCAGGGGAAGGGGAAGGGGGGGGUCGAGAGCGCGCACCUGCGCUGCGCCCUCGGCCCCUUGCGCCGAGCGGUGGAGGGCGGCCGCCUCGGAGGGACCGUGUGAGCCUCGUCCGCCGUCCUCCGGCAGAGCCCAGAAGCGGGGUUAAAAUGAAUGAAGAGCCGACGGUCAAUGCGAGCUGGCUGCCUCAGGACCGCGUAGAAGCCAGCUCUACCGAGAAUGCCUCGGGCUCCUCCCUGGUUCCUGUGCUAGAGCCGGAGCCAGAGCUGUGGGUGAACCCCUGGGACAUUGUCCUGUGCACCUCGGGGACCCUUAUCUCCUGCGAGAAUGCCGUGGUGGUGCUUAUCAUUUUCCAUAACCCCAGCCUGCGGGCGCCCAUGUUCCUGCUGAUAGGCAGCCUGGCGCUGGCGGACCUCCUGGCUGGGAUCGGACUGAUCGUCAAUUUCGUGUUUGCGUACCUGCUGCGCUCGGAAGCCACCAAACUGGUGACGGUGGGACUGAUAGUCGCCUCUUUCUCCGCCUCCGUUGGCAGCUUGCUGGCUAUCACUGUCGAUCGGUACCUCUCCCUCUAUUACGCUUUGACUUACAAUUCGGAGAGGACUGUCACUUUUACCUAUGUCAUGCUUGUAUUGCUGUGGGGAGCGGCGAUCUGUAUCGGACUGCUGCCUGUGAUGGGCUGGAACUGCCUGAGAGAUGAAUCCACCUGCAGUGUUAUCAGACCGCUGACUAAAAAUAACGCGGCCGUCCUCUCGGUCUCCUUCUUGCUUAUGUUUGCCCUCAUGCUGCAGCUCUACAUUCAGAUCUGUAAAAUCGUGAUGCGCCAUGCCCAUCAGAUUGCCUUGCAGCACCAUUUCCUGGCCACUUCCCACUACGUGACCACCCGAAAAGGAGUGUCUACUUUGGCCAUUAUUUUGGGGACUUUUGCUGCUUGCUGGAUGCCUUUUACUCUCUAUUCCUUAAUAGCAGAUUACACCUACCCUUCUAUAUACACCUAUGCCACCCUCCUGCCAGCUACCUACAAUUCCAUCAUCAACCCUGUAAUAUAUGCUUUUAGAAACCAGGAGAUACAGAAAGCGCUGUGGCUCGUCUGCUGUGGCUGCAUUCCUUCUAACCUGUCUCAGAGAGCCAGAUCACCCAGCGAUGUCUGACUGGCAGCCGGCAGGACGCUCCUUAACACCUUCCUUCCCAGCCAUCCUUGUGACCAUGUCUUUGGUUUAGGUGCAUUCAUCAAGCGCUGUGCGGUGGGUUCAUGAUCGGAGCCACAGGACGUGCUGACCUUCUGUGAACAGCAAACCCCAGUGACCAAAAUGAAGCAAGUGGUUUCAAAGGGAGAUUUCCCAAAUCAAAAGAAUCGGUGUUCUUACAGAUUUAUAACGUUGCUCAGGGUCUUUUUGUUAUAAAUAUAUAACCCAGACUUUGCCAUGCUUGCCACGAUUUUACCUUAAGUUUGCUAAUUAAAAAUGGAUUUAAAUAGCAUACCUCAUUUGAAAUUGUUUAUGUGAUUGAGUUCAGCCAUACUGCAUGUUACAGUCUGUCGUCAGGAUGUGUUUCCCCUCUUAAUUCAUAUUAAAACAGUAAGGGGGAAAAAUAGAGGAAGGAAAAAAAACACUGUCCUGUUCCCACAAGCUGAUUUUUCCAUCAUCAAAAUGCUCUUCAAAAUAAUGGCCAAUUGUACUGAUUUAUCUAGUAUUUAUUGUGCUCAUCUCAGUGCAAUGAAUUUGCUGUAAGUGAGGAAGUACUUGCACAGCUUUUAUUGUACAUCUCGACAUGAAUUAGGUUGAUUAUUAUUUUCAUAGAGUUCCUGUUCUCUACCAGGUUCUGGCUAGAUAUUGAAGCAGAUGAGCUUUGCCUUCCUGCUCAGAAGUCAGGCUGAUGUUUUCUCUUAGAUGUGGGACAUCAGGCCUCACUGUAUUGUUAAUUUUACAAGAACUCACUGGGGAGUUUCAAAGUUGAUGAAUCAACACAGUCUCUUCUGACUGCAUUUGUAACAGACGCAACACUUUGAUGUGUCUUAGACAAGAUUUGUCUUUCCAUAGUGAAAUAUCAAAUGGAAUAACCUAAUAUUUCAGAUCUACAUGAAAUGCUUCCAGUUCAGUUUGCUACCAAGUCAAAAUGAUUGCCACAUGUUUUCACUAUUCUGCUGUAAUUGGAAAUGUAGACAUUUAUAAAUUCUCAGAGUGAGUCUGGUUUAUAAUUAUAUGCAACCAGAACUGCAACAUGAAUCAAACUUCUCUCCCUUUCUGGCAGUUUUGCCCAUUACAUAUUGGGGUUCUUCUCACUGUAUGCAUGUCAGUUCUCUUAAUUAUAAUGUGAUAGCUCUGGUCUACAAAGCAGAGCUUCCUCUCAUGAAUGGUUAAGUUUAAAAACUAUUUCUUACCUUUUACUGGAGCCACGUUAGAAUGCAAUAGAAAAAAAACAUCGCUUUCUAAUUUCAAGAAUUAAUUGUCAGAGAGGAAAUCUUAUGGAAGAUUUCUGAUAUUCUGUGUCUAUUCUAAUGUCAGUAUAUGGGAAUUCACAGCACCCCUUGCACUGGCGUUGCUGGGAGCUCCAUGUGUUAAUGCCCUGACAUCAGCAGGAGGUUAUAUUCCCUUGAAUGUCACAGUGCAUACUGUAUUGUUGCUUCAGUAUCUUCAAUUGCAGUUAAAACAAAAACUCUCAAGUGUAAAUCAGCAAUAUUUACAGUUCAAUGAAAUAAUAUACCUGUGUAGUAUAAAUAGUAGAGAGAACCGUGUUGCUGGUUUGGAUUUUUCCAAACAGAACCUGUCCUUUUCACAUGGAUGUUUGGAUGACUGUGGCUUUUUGUGGCAGAGUUCCUGUGACGUUAAGAAUCAUAUGCUAUACGCAGUGCUGAAUCUCAAAUGUGAAUGAAUUGUCUACAAACAAGGCUCUGUAGAGGUUUUACAAGCAAUAAUUAAGUUGCAAUGCUGGGUUCAAAUUCCAUUAUCUACCUGCUUCAACCUUGAUGAUGUUUGGCUCUCUGUAAGCUGAUUAGUUUGGUAAUUGCAUGGCAUGGUCUGGUAGAGCUGUGAGCUUGUAGCUCCCAUGGCUUCACUUCGAUUUACAGAUUCUCAGCACCGUUAGAAUGUGGCCCCUACUCUGUGUAGGGUGUUGGUGUUCUUUGUCUACUUAGGAACGCUCAUGACACUAGACAUUGUGAGGUUCCUAUUUUGUUACAGAUUUUUGUAUAAGAAAUUAUCAGGUCAUAAAUACCCACACUAUGUACGCAUGCAGUUUUGCAAGUACGCAAAGUAUUGAGAUUAAAUGGCGGUAGAAGGCAUGAACUGAAGUGAUACAAAGUCUAGCCCCUCUUUUUGUUGUUUCCUUUUUCUUUUUGUUCCUCUGAAUCAGAUUGCUGAGGAAGUGUGAUGAGGAUGAGCAGCCACAACUGUGACUGUAAUUCAGUCCCUAGGGCAGCUGUUCUGCUGCUAAAGCAGACCUGUUCUCAUCUCCUCUCAUUGCCUGGCAGGCACAAGUGGUUUUCUCCCUGCAACACCUGGGUGGCAGAGAAGCUAGAAAAAAAAACCACAACAAAAAACAGCACAGAGGGAAAUAAUGUCUUCCCCUCCUUCAUGCUGCUCCUUGUUGUCUUCCUCACUCCACAGGCUGCUUAAAACCUCCAUGGCUUUUAACAGUGUCAGGAGAGCAGACCUUUUCCUUGUGCCAGAGCAGAGAGAUUUGUGAUUGGAAGCUCCUCAGGAACGGUUCGAGACAAAAAGAGGAGAGAAAGAUUAAUUAUAGAAGUUACCAAAAAAAAAAAGAAAGGCUCACAAGGGCAUGAUUUGCCCUCAUUUGAUGAGUAACUCAUUUACCUUUCACCACAGACAGGUGAGAAAGAUGAUUUUGCCUCCUGAGUUACUGCUGUGACAUCCAGUGAGGAUGCUGGCUCGUUAAGAAGUGGUCUUAAAUUGGGACUGUGCAGCAUAGGCCAGAAAAUCCUUCUGGAAGUCAGUGACCUUGGUUUGUCCAUAGCUGUCAGAUGGAGCUCUAGCGUGGUUUACAGUAGUAGUGAGAUGCUAUUAAAUGCACCUUUGAAUGAGUUCUUGAGAGCAGGGGCUGAGCUGUGGGUACGGUGCCUCCUACCUCACUUCCAUAAGAAGAAAUGCAUGAAAGACAGAUGCUUUUCAGACUGUGAAAUUAAGUAACUUACUGCUUUGACGUUAGAGUGUGUAGGCAGUUACAGUGUAGGACCCAGAUCCUUAGGGUCAGGUGCCAAUAUCCAUCUGAAAUACCUCUGAAACUGGCAGAAAUCUAGACAGCUUGCAGGAAUGCUGUUGGUGUUGUCCCAUUGAAGCACACCUGUGCAUCAAAAUUCACUGUGUACAGCGAAGUAUUUUCAUCAUAAUGUCAACAGAUUCUUUUAAUAAUGUGUCAUUUAGUUUUAAGAUUUGAAGUUCAUUUUUGUUUAUUAACGUAUCUGACCUGAAGUUAAAUUUGCUGUAGUCGUUUUUGUCAUCUGUUCAACCUCAAGGCCUUUAUUUUCAUUGUAUUAUUUUAACCAUUUCUCCUAACAGUGAGAAUUCCAGCAAUAAGGGAAAAAGGGUUUUAGUAUAACAGCAAUAAAAUCCUCCAUGUUGCAGGUACUAUAAACUGCUGAGUAACCUCAGAGCAAUAGGGAGGAAGCAAUAUAUUCUUCAGACAGAAAAUGAUCUGUGUAAGGAGAAGUCUUCCUUCAUUAAGCAGGUGCUGUAGGACUGAUGUGGGACAUUAUUUCUGGUUUGUGUUACAGUCCUUGAGUUACUGAAUAGGAUUACUCAGCAAUAGCUGCUUACCUUAGUUUUUGGAUGCUGAAUUCAUGCUGUUUGCAAGAGAGAGCUACAUGCUGCAAAGGAGAUUUUGUUCCUUUCUGUGCUGGGCAUUUAGGUGUACAUUGGUCUUUGGAUAAAUUACUUGUGUUCAGCAUUUCUGAUUGUUACUUAAUUCUGGAAAUCCUUGAAUUUGUGGUGCUCAUCGAGGUGAGUGUAUUAAGAUGAAUAUGAUGACUGGUGCUAGUCUGUUCUGAAGGCAGCUUGGUUUUUAAAAGUACAAGAUAAAGGUGCCAUUACAGAAACCUUCUGCCACUACAUGGGGCGUUUAGGAGCUGGCUGAAAGGCCUGUUGUAGCUGCUAUAUCUUCCUGCCAUGGACAGCCACUGAUAGGAGUAGUUGCAUCCAUCCUUUGCUUUCAAGGGACAGCCUUGAUAUGUCUUGGAGUGACUGAAAUCCCUCCACAAACAGUAGUAAGCUUUGGCUUGGGCCAGCCACUGCUCUGUCCCCAAAGAGUUAUUCUUCUAUUGCCUCAUUUUCUUAGGGCAAACGUAGCUUCUGAAUAUAAGAGACCUGUAUUCAUUUCUCCAAAGCACUGGGCAACCUGCACUGUGAUUGAAUGUUGGGAUGAAAUUGCAUCACUAAAAUUCAGACCCCUUAAAUAUUAACUCAUUACUUUAAGAAUUGGUGUUCUGUAGCAUUCAGAACCCUAUUUUCAAAAUGCUAGCCCUGACUUUCAUGCAGAGAAAGUAGGUGUUGAUCUGCCUUUUGUAUGUACAAUUAAGAAAGAAAAACAGUUGGACAGAGUGGUCACAGUUUAAAAAACACCAACUCUUCUGUUAUUUCUGAGAUUCUGAGUGGUUCUCUGUCCUUCAAGCAGAAGCUGACUGCUACCUGGUAACUGUCCUUAUAAACCUGAGUGCCCACAAGACAGUUUCAAAGCUUUGCAGCAUGAGGAGAGGGAUCAGAGUGGUUACCAGUACAAACCCUGACAGAACAGUUCUGUUCUAUAUGAACAUUAGCUGUAGGCAGCUGAAGUCCUGUGUGUGUGAGAACAGUGCCAGGAGCUGGUGGCCAGCACUUCAUUGGGUUGUGUUACUGUCAGAAGACAACAUCAGGCAUCCUGUCCUGAUGAAGGGUGCAGCAGGACCUGUGGAAGAAAUAAUGGAUAACAUUAAAUAUCUACAUGUGUUUUCAUGACAUUCAGACUUCUCAAAUAAUUUAUAGUGUGCAAUAAACUGAGUCCUAAUAGAGCAAGACACUGCAAUUUAGGAAGAAUCCCUCUGUAACUCAAUUGAAAUUAGGCGAUAGUGUUACUCAAGGGCACGUGGUGCUUAUAAAAUGAAGGAGCUUUCAGGUAAGGGUGCAUUACUAUAAUUAGGAAAUAUUAAAAAUCUGAAUUUUCUGAUUAUUUUUCUUUAGCUCUUUGAAUGCUGAUUUGUAAAGUGGUGGGUUCUCUUCUGAUGUCACACUUAGUUUGGCUUAGCGGUAGUCCAGAGAUGAGGAAGAAAUGAGACCUUAGAAUCUCUGCUUAUAAAGAAGAAACUAAAAGGAAGAAUUGUGCUUUAUAUGUAAGAGGUAAAAAAUAAUGCAGGGAUGGUGAAUUAGGUGUGCUUACCUCCCUGUCUCUCAGUAAAAUGAUAGGGCUCCCAGUAAACUGGAAAGACUUCUUGGGAUCGAGAACUUGCGGAUCCCAUUAAUGGAUGAAAAAUCUCAAUGAUAGGUGCUUUCGUGUUAAGGAGGUGAUGAAAAAUGAGGAGAUUCAAGUUCUUAAGGCCUGGGGAAUCAGCCAAGUCCUUGGUGCUUGAACUUGGAUAGGAAGAAUGCUUGAAUGAAAGCAUCCCCUGGGAAGGAAAAGUCAUUUUGAACUCUGCAUCUUGAGCCUUCCAUGAUGUACACGGAGCACCUGAAGGAUGCCAUAGAGCUGCUGGCAUGGGGUGUAGUGCAGCAGUCCCUGUGCCCUUGAGGCCAGCUUUACUGUUGUUAUUGCUGAAUGGUGUCCCAAGAACAGAAAGGAGGAAGCACAAUCAGAAGUGAAGUGCUCCUCCCUCAAACAUGAACUCAUGAGUUUAUUCAGAUUAUUACAGUCUGAAAUGGCUCCACUGCAAAUGAGAAGAUUUUGGUGAAUAAAUAUUGGAACUACUAAGGAGGCUAUUUUACAGUAAAUCUUUGUCUGUUCCUUUAUUUCUGAGGAGCAUCUGGGCCAAUAACUUUACAGGAGCCGUAUCUUCAAGAACAACUUGCCUUUGUGCUAAAAAUCCCCAUGCUUGAGUUUGUUCACAAAGCUGUUCUGGGUCUUCUAAGGCAGACUACAAGAAGAAACUGUUGCAUAUCUCACUGUUGUGUAUAUCACUGUUAUACAGAGAGAUACAGACUUGUUCUGGAAGAGAAGGAAAUGAUAAUGAAGGUAGGUUAGAUGUGUUACAGUUAGGUAGCACUUCAGUGUCCAGGUAGACCUGAGAGUGGCCUUUCAGUAUCUAAAGGGGGGAUGUAAGAAAGAAGGGGACAGACUCUUCAGCAAGGUCUGUGAUGACAGAACAAGGGGAAAUGGCUUCAAGCUCAAAGAGGGGAGGUUUAGGUUGGAUAUAAGGCAAAAGUCUUUUACAGUGAGGCACUGGCACAGGUUGCCCAGAGAUGUGGUGGAUGCCCCCAUCCCUGGAGAUUUUUAAGGUGCGUCUGGAUCAGGCCCUGGGCAACCUGACCGAGCUGUGAUGUCCCUGUUCAUUGCAUGGGAGUUGGACUAGAUGACCUUUAAAGAUCCCUUCAACUCUAAGGAUUCUAUGAUUACUUCUAAAUAAAACAGACCUUUUUUAAAACGCUGGAAUACUUAGAAACAUUUGUUGCACAAUCAAGUACUUCAUCAAACCAGUAGUGAAGAGUAAUUCAGCUGGUGGCAAUAGGGUUUCUCUCGUAUUAAACCAGCAGUUCUUUUUAUUUCAAAAACAUGCCCUAUUCUUAUGUGUAAGUAUAGUGCUACAUUUUUACAUAAAAGCAUACAUUUAUUAUACAUACAUUAUAUACAAAGGUUUCUAUAGAUUUCUCCGCAGUGGAACCUUUUGAAAAACAAUACACUAAUCAAUUCAUAGCUCUGUAUGAGCUUCAUAAAUAGGUUUCUUAAUUGAGAAGAGUUACAGAAUCAGUGUUUAACCCUGUGAUUUUAUAGUUUACCUCUUUCAGAUAUAUCAGCUGCACUUUUAAAUUGAGCAACUUUGAGCAUUUGCUCCCCACUGAAAAUGUACUUGAUUUACUUUCAGAGGAAAAGAAUGAGUGAACUGCUCGUGUUUUCUUUAUAUUGGUGAUAAUCCUUUAAAUCAUUUGAUCCCGCUCCUGGUUUCUCACAAACAAAGCAAGUCUAAGUGCAAGCGGUGAAGACUCUGUCCUUCAAAGAUUUGCCUUAGAAAAUGAAAUGCCCCUAUACUAUAUAAUAUGAGCCUAUACUAUAUAAUAGGCUCCCACAAAAUAGAUUUGGUUGUAAAAAAAAAAUAACAUCAGGAAGCAGUUGUUCAGUGCACAGGUGAUGGAGCACUGGUGCGCACUGUCCAGAGGCUGUGGAAUAUCCUCCUUGGAGAUGUCCACAUCAACCUGGGCAUAGGUGCCCUUCUCUGGUGUCCCUGCUUGAGCUGGGGUUGGGCAAGGUGACCUCCAGAGAUCCCUGUUAACCUCCAUCCUUCUGUGUGAUUGUCUGUGAAUUCCUUUCCCUGUUCUCUCUCCCUUUGCCUUUCAUAAAUGCUCUGGGAACAGGACUGCAUGGAUCACGGGUCUGAACAGCAGACUGCUGAGUCAUUUGACACAGGUGCACAUUUUGCACUACUGAUGCUAACCUGCAGGGUACUGCAGUGUCUAAAAAUUCCUCUGCAUUUAUUUUUAAAGAGCACACCGAAUACAUAUGUGCUUUAGAAGCGUUCUGGAUAAAGACACUGCAGAACCAAAGGGAAAAAUGAGGUCGAAAGGAGCCUCUGGAAUCCAUUUGCUCACGUCCCUGCUCCAGCAAGGACACCCAGGCCUGGGCCCAUGUGAUUUUGAAAGGUCCCCAAGGAGGAGACUUCACAGCCUCUGGGCAGCCUGUGCCAAUGCUCUGUCAUCCACGGUGCUCCUGGUGUUCAGAGGAACCACCUGUGUGUCAGCAUGUGCUCAUAGCCUCCAGUCCUGGAACUGGGCACCACUAACAAAGCCUGGCUCUGAGCUCUUGGCACCCUCCCUUCAGGUACUGACAGGCACCUUCUCCAGGCUGAACCGUUCUUCUUGGCUUUUCCUUGUAGGAUCUGUAAAAUUUGGGACCCAAGUGUGGAGCUAUUUAUGCCUUGAUUAAUUUUGUUCCCUUCUGAAGUUUCCUCUUACUGCAGCAUGUGCUAAGAUGAAACCCAUCACAAUAAUAGGGAAUUCAGCUGUUGAGUUGUUAUUUUAUAGAACACAAAUGAAAGCAGUGUGAACUAUUCCUCUGGAAACAGAGGUAGCCACAUCCCUUUUACGGCCCUGUGGAGCUCAGAGAGCUGUGCUUCAUCCAUGGGUUUUUGCUCUGCUGCUCUUUUGCUCCACUCUGACAGAAUACUCCCUCAGUACAUGAGUCAUGCUCAAGUUCUUCUUGUGGUGCUCCUGCCCCACAGAGCUCACAACAGAAUGGUGCACAGGUAGGGCUUUGCUUUCAGUGUUAAUCCCAGGGUCAAAGUGUUCUGGUUUUGGAAGCAAACUGUGUAGAAGAGAUCUUUCUGAUUGCAUGAUAUGAAAUAGCCUUCUGCAAUGACGUUUAAACCUAACUUCAUCCCUUUUCUUCUGCAUUUCCCAUUCAUUGUAAGCAGAGUCUGCCUUUAGUCUGGGAGGAAGGGAAUAACACACUAUUUAGGGAGUUAGCAUGCCCUAAGCAUGCAGCUUUUUGCACAGCUGACCACAGAGCACACUGAAGUCAUGGUAGUCUGCUGUUGGACUCGGGCUGGCCCCACAGAUUAACCUGUACAGAAACAGGAUGUAGUUUUCCAAAGUUUGGAAACAGAGCUUGUAACUUGUGCCAAUAGUGUGGAAUGGGUAUUGCAGCUGAAAAGACAGGUAAAUGGAUUAUGUACACAGCAAAAGACUCAGGCAGUCUCUAGGGCUACUUGCCUGUGCUUAAAUGCAUUUUCCAGUGCAGCUGAUAGCAGUCCCAUGUGUGUAUAGAGGACGACAAUAUGGACUCUUCUAGAAAAUGGGCUUCCUACUUUUUGUCUAGAAGUAGCCACAUUAGACUUCUAUAUGCAUUUUUCAUGCCUGCAACCUUUUAGUCUAAAAAUCUACUGUUAACGUUGUCCUUUUUUGGUCCCGGCUUUAUUGUCACAGUCAGUACCUACAGACAUUGAUUGUAAAUGUGUUUACAAAGAAAUUUCAUAGAAUGUUAUAACUGUGCCUCUGGAAUAAAGCUAUAAAACUCUGUAUUUCACUGCAGGCCAUAGAAUUUAGAAUACUCUGGGCUGAUAGAGUCACUCUUAGUCUUCUAGACCUACUACCAAGACCCCGACAUUCUUUCUAUUGCCAAAUACAAUGAAUAAUAACUUAUGGUUUACCGUGCCCACGUGUGAGUUUUUCAGAGAGAGCUUUUCCUAGGAGAUACUGCACAGUUCAAACAAACUCCUGGUUCUCCUGAUCGCAGUGUUGUUCCAUUUGGAAUUCUAAAAGCUUCCUUAAAAGCAGAUUGUUUUCAGUCUACACAUCCCAUUAGGAGACAAAUGGCUUUAAACAAAAACUGGAAUUCUGUGUGUUGUGUUUUUAUACAAGAACCAGUUACUGGUUUAGUACGUAGCGGCGUGUGGUGGUUAUUUCUUAUACUAGGUAGGUUUUUUGCUUUAACUGUGGUUGAAGUUUGAACCAUAGCUUGCCAGUGUAUAAAAUCAUUUUAAAGGGAAGCAAAACAUCUUUGCCUCAGUUUCCCUUAAGAUUAAAGCUUUGGAUUGCAACCUACAGAGCUUCUUGUUGUAUACAAGAUAGUCAUUUAAUGCACUUUAUUUAAAAAAAGGCACAAAUUAUUUUGUUAAUAAAUGGUUACAAUUGCACUAUGCUGUAAGCAUCAGUUACAAAAUAUGAACUGUACAGUUUUGUAGUCAACAUUGUAAGUGUUUAGUCAUAAACGAUUGAAACGAUGACAUGUUUCAGUUCAAUGUUAAUUUUAUAUGUGGUAUAUGUAACUAUAAAUAAAUUUUCCUUUCUAAAAAAAAACCACAAAACAGAA